GGAAGUGUGAGGGAAAAAAUGUGGUCAGAAUUUUCGCUGUAUUUCAACUAACCUUAUUACAUAUAAUUUGGAUAAUCAACACGCUCCGUAGAUUAUAUUCAAUAUAGGAAUGAAGCCUGAGAGUCUGGUAAAAAGGGUGUUUAGAGAAGGAGGUUGAGGCCGAGAAGUGAGUGUGGGCCGCAACGAGGGAGCGGGAGGCAAGAGGGUGGUGAGGGAACAGCUGAGUGAAAGCCAAUGACUAGGCCGUCCCUCAGUCGAGUCUUUGCCGCCCUCCAGCUUGGUAUUGCUCGCAAGAAAAUGCCCUUCUACGCCGUUGCCAGGGGCCACAAACCCGGGAUAUACCAGACCUGGGCCGAGUGUCAGGAAAACAUUAAUGGCUACACUCGUCCUCGCUACAAGAAGUUUGCCACUGAGUCUGAAGCAAAGGAGUUUGUGCAAGAGAAUGCCCUCACCUGCCCUGUGGUGGACCGAAGGGAGGCAUCCAAGAAAGAUGAGGACAAUGGAGCUGCAUCCGCCAGCCGUACCUAUAAUGGAGGCAACCUGAGUCCCACCCUGCUGGAGAUGAAGGCCUCCAUGAAGUGCCUGCAGAAGGACCUAUCACAGCUGAGGACUCGCUUUGAGUUGUACAUCGAAGACCGCGUCGGCACUGCCUGUUCUAAGCCUCUCCCUCCCUCCUCAGCUCCAGUGCAGAAGCGGAAACAUGAGAGUGAGUCGGAGGAGGAGGGGGAUGAGGACCAACCAUCAAGCUCCAAGAAGCUGAACACAGAGGGCAAGGAAGGCGACAAGAGCAAGUUUAAGGUGGACAGUGACGGCUUCCUCAUCGUGUACACAGACGGUGCGUGUUGGAUGAAUGGCAAACAGGGUGCCAAAGCAGGCAUGGGUGUUUUCUUCGGCCAGGAGCAUCCCCUUAAUGUAGCCGAGCCAAUAAAGGGACGAGCCACCAACAACAAUGCGGAGAUUCAGGCAGCCACAUGUGCUCUGGAGUUGGCAAGAUCUGCAGGCUUUUCCAAGGUUGCUGUACACACUGACUCCCAGUUCAUGAUUGACUGUGCCUCCUCCUGGAUGAAGAACUGGAAAAAGAAGGGCUGGGUGAAGUCUGAUGGCCAGCCAGUAAAGAACAAGGAAGAACUUAUGGUCUUAGACUCAGCAAUGGAGGAUCUGGCUGUGAAGUGGGUUCAUGUGAAGGGUCAUGCAGGACAUGAGGGCAAUGAGGAGGCAGACAAGCUAGCCCGGCAAGGAGCAAAGCAGUACAAAAGUGAGGCCUGAGCCAGACAACCACAGAGGCUGCACCAAUGUUUUGUGAAAAUGUGUGCUGUCUGCUGUGUGUCUGUGACCAGUUCAGGACAUUCUCAUAAGGUGUAUGACUUAUUUAACUAUAAAGUAUAUUUUGAUAUAAUCAUUAUCAUCAAAAGUAGUCAAAGCUAGUCCACUCCCAACUUGUGACAUUUGUCUGUGUCUGUUAUUUAUGAGCUUUAGCUUACUCUUGACAAAUUUACUGAUUUUUCAACACCCAACUUUUGUAGAAUUACACCUUGCUGCAAAGCCUUUCUUUAGUUCCUAUGUAGCUUUGUUUGUCAUGGAAAUCAUUUUGAAGGAGUUUCAAUGAAGUGUCAGAAUUGAUGCAUAAAUAAGCAGGAUGACAUUUUUCAACAGUCUGUAUGUUUUGUUCUCAUUAUUUCUUGUGUGCUGGUGUAGCAGCUUAAACAAAAUUAAGAGAUAUUUUUAUUGUUACUUGAAGAAUUUGUUUUGUCUGAAAUACCAAAGCUUAAGGACUUGCUCUGCAACUCAGGAAGCCAUUGUGGUAUUCAGAGUUGAUGUACAUUUUAUUUUCAGCAAUGGAGAUAUAUGAAUUCACAGUUGUCAAAGGAAGUGAAUCUCCCUGUGUGUAACUCAAAAUGUCCAUGUCAGCACUUUUCAACAUGAGAACCUUUCCAGUGUGAGGAAGGUUAACCAACAGAAGAGUUAACAUUUAGUUUCAUGUUUACAAGCGAAAGUGACCGGUAUUCUUGAGAGUUUUGGCUCAAGACUGCGUAUGUUCAAAAAUAUGUAUCUUUAUUAUGUACCUGGGCUGGCAUUCUCAAAUGUUUUGGCUUUUUAUUUUAGCUACUUUUAACAGACUAGUGGAAGUUAUCGUGGUGUUUGAGGGCGUGUUCAUUAUUCUAUCUUUAUACCAGGCUGGCAAUCCCACAUGGAGUGACUCAAAGCACCACACACUCAUACACACAUCAUUCACACUCUUAUCCCUACCAUCCCCUGGUGGAAAGGGAUAUUUAUUCUAGUGACAGUUUAACACAGGGUUGGAAAAAACCCAGGUUAAAAAAAAAAAAAAAAAACAUUGGGUUUUUGGGGGGGUUUUAUUGUUUUUUAGGGGUUUUAUUUUUGGGGAGGUUUAUUUUUUGUUUAUUCCUCAUAUUUGUAUGUCAGUCAGUCUGAAUAAGCAAUUAAAAGUACUCUAGAGUGAAACAAAA